AAACACAAGCACGCACACACCACUGGGAGAUCAGAUCUUCUAGCUGGCUCUCUGCUGCCACAGCUCCGCCGAAGGGAGGGGGUGGAAGAGGAGGACUAAACUCAGAGCUGAGAGGAGAGGCAGGUGUGUGCAGGUGCAUCACCUGGAUCAUGAGGUCACCCCUCUGCUGGCUCCUCCCACUUCUCAUCUUGGCCUCAGUGGCCCAAGGCCAGCCAACAAGACGACCAAGACCCGGCACUGGGCCCGGGCGCAGACCUAGGCCCAGGCCCAGGCCCACACCCAGCUUUCCUCAGCCUCAUGAACCAGCAGAGCCAACAGACCUGCCUCCUCCCCUCCCUCCAGGCCCUCCAUCUGUCUUCCCUGACUGUCCCCGCGAAUGCUACUGCCCCCCUGAUUUCCCAUCUGCCCUCUACUGUGAUAGCCGCAACCUGCGAAAGGUCCCUGUCAUCCCACCCCGCAUCCAUUAUCUCUAUCUCCAGAACAACUUCAUCACUGAGCUCCCGGUGGAGUCCUUCCAGAAUGCCACAGGCCUGCGAUGGAUUAACCUGGACAACAACCGAAUCCGCAAGAUAGACCAGAGGGUGCUGGAGAAACUGCCCGGCCUGGUGUUCCUCUACAUGGAGAAGAACCAGUUGGAAGAGGUCCCCUCUGCCCUGCCCCGGAACCUGGAGCAGCUGAGGCUGAGCCAGAACCACAUCUCCAGAAUCCCGCCUGGUGUCUUCAGCAAGCUGGAGAACCUGCUGCUCCUGGAUCUCCAGCACAACAGGCUGAGUGACGGCGUCUUCAAGCCUGACACCUUCCAGGGCCUCAAGAACCUCAUGCAGCUCAACCUGGCCCACAACAUCCUGAGAAAGAUGCCGCCCAGGGUCCCCACCGCCAUUCACCAGCUCUACCUGGACAGUAACAAGAUUGAGACCAUCCCUAACGGAUACUUCAAGAGCUUUCCCAACCUUGCCUUCAUUCGGCUUAACUACAACAAGCUGACAGACAGGGGACUCCCCAAGAACUCCUUUAAUAUCUCCAACCUGCUCGUGCUCCACCUGUCGCACAACAGGAUCAGCAGUGUGCCCGCCAUCAACAACAGGCUGGAACACCUGUACCUCAACAACAAUAGCAUCGAGAAAAUCAACGGAACCCAGAUUUGCCCCAACGACCUAGUGGCGUUCCAUGACUUCUCCUCGGACCUGGAGAACGUGCCACACCUGCGCUACCUGCGGCUGGAUGGAAACUACCUGAAGCCGCCCAUCCCGCUGGACCUCAUGAUGUGCUUCCGCCUCCUGCAGUCCGUGGUCAUCUAAGCCCUACUCCGCCAUGGGAUCUGCUCUGACCGCACUUGAAGGCUGGGGCCCAGGCGCCUGUGCCCGCCAUUCGUUUUCUCUUUCUCCCUUUCUUUCUCCCAGCUUUGCCUCCCUUAUCCCACCCUUGAGGCAGGGAAAAGCCAUCUAUUCUUCUGCAGCCUCAGGAGCAAGACUUCCAAGGGUUCAGUUUGGUCCCACCCAGUUGAAAGACACCCAGUGCACACCCAAACUCCUGGCCUUCUGUGGUUUCCCUUUGCUCCAGAAACACAGAUGUGUCUAAAGAC